AAAAGAUGCAAAUGCCGCAUUGCUGAGUAACUUCGAGGUGUUCCAGUUACUUACUGAUCUUAAGCAGCAGCGCAAAGAGAGUGGAAAAAUCAAGCAGAGCUCUGGUCAGCAGAAUCUGAACACAAUCAUGUAUGAAACACUGAAGUACAUUUCAAAAACACCCUGUAGAUACCAGAGUCCUGAGACUGUGAGAGAUUUCCUCAUAGCAAUGAAAAGCCAUAAGCUAACCAAAGCAGAAAAGCUCCAGUUGCUUAACCACAGGCCUGUGACGGCAGUUGAAAUACAGCUGAUGGUAGAAGAAAGCGAGGAAAGGCUAACAGAAGAGCAGAUUGAGUCACUUCUCCAGACAGUCACCGGUAUUCUUCCAGGGGAUCCGGAAGAACAACAGAGAGACUCGGCAAUGGCAACCGAAGACAAAGGUGACCAAGCAUAG